UCUAGGUUUAAGGAGCCGUUGCCCGAAUCGAACUGCGAUCUUCCGGCUUAAGUGGGGGCCGUCGUCCGUUCUAGAACGCGGGCAGAGGAUCAUGAUGACAGCAAGGCUCUGGACCCAUACCCUAUGCGAGCUCCCGCCCUUCUCCGAAUUGGAUUAGGCUGGCUGGCUAGGUAGGUAGCUACUAGUAGGGAGGUAUGCUUAGUUGCAGCGCGUUUUCAAGCACAUGUCGUUUACUGCAUGACAGCAACCAACUUGAGAUGAUCCUCGCGGGCUUGCGUGUGUAUUGGUUGCGCGUGAUUGGACGGAGGGAUGGUGGGUUGGCAUGUAAGAUGCAUACGUUGGCGUGUGAAGGCUUGCCAAUUUUGGACGCUUUUUUUGCUUCGCUCAGAGAAACUUGAGGAAAUAUAGCGUCUGGGAGGGGUGGUGAGUUCAAGUGGAUGAUCUGCGUGGUGGUCAUAUGUAUAUAGAGAAAUAUAUAGACUGGGAGUCUAGGGCUGUUGUCCCACCACGUACUUGGAUUUUUAAAUUGUCCGGUUCAUACCUACCUUUGUCUGCAUUUCCAUUCCUUUUACUCUGGAUGUAUUCAACCAGCUCUGGAAGCGACCCUUUAGCCUGCUGAGCCUAGUAUGGGUUUCUUCAAUUGGGAGUGGUCGUCCGGAGGGGUUUGGGCCGUAGCCGGCGCUAUUGCAGUGGUUUACUACGUAAUCUCGGCGUUUGCGACUUGGUACCGCCUUCGAGAUGUCCCUGGCCCGUUCCUCGCCUCUUUUUCAUAUCUGUGGCUGGCAAGGGUUGCGAAGAGCGGGAAGCAGUUCUGGGUUUAUCGGGACAUGUACAGGAAGUACGGGCCUUUGUUUAGAGUUGGACCAAACGAGAUUUCCACAGAAGACCCGGAAGUUAUUAGGAGGAUAAAUGCUACGCGGAAAUCGUACGGAAGAGAUCCUUGGUACGUGGCUGCGAGAUUCGAUCCAUACCAUGACAACGUCUUCACCCUUCUCGAGGCCGGGCCUCACGACAAGUUCAAGGCGAAGAUAGCAGGGGCAUAUGGAGGCCGUGAGACACCUGCUCUUGAGCCCGGAAUUAACGACCAGAUCAACUCGCUUCUUGAUCUGAUUCGGCGUAAAUAUAUAUCAAGCGACGAUUCUGGCGAAUACCACCCUGUGGACUUCGCAGAACUUAUAUCGUUCUACACAGUGGAUGUAAUCACACGAUCGGCGUUCGGGGAGGAGUUUGGGUGCUUGAAGACGGACUCCGAUGUGCACGGAUUUCUUGCUGGUGUGAAGGAGAGCUGGGCUAGCAUAGCGAUAGCCCUCGACGUCCCUUAUUUCAGAAAUGUGCUAUUUUCACAGUUCUUCCUCAAAUUUUUUGGGCCGAAACCGACGGAUUCGACCGGGAUGGGAAAACUCAUGGGAAUAGCGAAGGAGGUAGUGUCAAAGCGUUUUGCCGCCGAUGCUGAGAAAAAGAAAGAUAUGCUUGGGUCGUUCAUAAGUCACGGACUCGACCGACAAGAAUGCGAAACGGAAGCUCUCUUUAUGAUUAUUGCUGGGUUCGAGAACACUGCAUCCGUCAUUCGCACGGCUUUCCUUUACUUGAUGGCUUGUCCGCGGGUAUAUUAUAAAUUCAAGAAUGUAGUCCUGCAAACCGUUCGGGAUGGUAAAGUAUCCAGUCCGAUUACCUACGAAGAAGCUAAAAGGAUUCCCUACUUGCAGGCCGUACUCUACGAGGGCAUCCGCAUGCGCCCGCCAGCUCCAGGUCUUUAUCCCAAGUCGGUACCCCCGGAAGGCGAUGUGAUACACGGUAAAUUUAUCCCAGGCGGAACCGCCAUCGGAAUGAACACCUCGGCGGUGAUGCGUUCAACACAGCUUUUCGGCGCCGAUGCAGAUGUUUUCCGCCCGGAACGAUUUAUGGAAGUUGAUGAAGCUACCCGCGCUGAGAUGGAACGUAACACUGAACUCGUAUUCGGAUACGGUCGGUGGAUGUGCGCAGGGAAGCCGGUGGCAUUUAUGGAGCUUAACAAGAUUUUCUUUGAGCUGUUUCGAGAAUUCGAUUUCCAAUUAGUCAAUCCGAUGAAACCCUGGGACUCUUUGAGUUAUAGCCAAUUCAUCGAGGAGAACAUGUGGGUACGGGUGACGAAAUCAGACGUGGUCUAAUCUACUAUAAAUAUUAGUUCAGUGUCAUGAUAGCGAGAAGCAGUACAAACAUGGCUAAACUUCAUCCUACCACUAGCAUCAGGUAUUAACUAGAUAGAUAGGUAACAUUCAACGUGAUUGACUUGGAGUGUGAGUAUGAGAGAUAAUUUAGGAAUAAAGUUAGUACCGUUAAAGGAUACAAGCUCUUUUGGUACCCAUAUAAUCGUUCGCCCUUAAAUGCGGCUAAGAAGUAUGGCUGGUAUUUGUUAUUUCUGAAGAAGGAAUUACUCCUAUCUUGAACUGCUGUCGCCACGGCCCACACUAUGAAUUCAUUAUCACUUUCCAUCGUCAAUGAGGUUGAUAACAGCCAAGGUUUCGAUUUAUCUAAUACAAAACUUAGAAGUCAUACUACUGAGCUUUCUAGCAUCCGCUCUAAGCCACACUGGCAACUCCAUUGAGGCUCUAGAGGAAAAGUUAUGAGGCGACAACAAGGUCUAUGAUAAGCCAGGGAAAGAGCACUAAUAGAUUCUAGGGGUACUUUGACACGUACGAGGAUUGUAUUCUAGAUCAUAAAUCCACG